CAACAUCACUAGCAACAUCACUAGCAACAUCACUAGCACACAGGGAUCAGCCGCUAAAGUGGUGGCCACAGGAGCGUUUACAGGCUUAAACUCGGAAGGAACAGCAUUGCCAGGGUACCGGUCAGGGUUCACCGGUGUUCAGAUCAACAACUCUCUCUCCAAUUGACUUCAUAUCGUCUGUAGAGAUGGCGGACGCAGGUGUUCCCGUUCAAGAGAAGGCUGCCCCUGUGGCUUCGGCGUCGGCACCUGGAGCAAUCCCUGCCGAGCAAGUGGUUUCCGAUAACCAGGUCGACGAGAAGACGUAUUGCGACAAUUCGGCCAGCAUCGAGGACCAUGACGAGCCCGAGCCACGCCUUCACACGAAGACGUGGCUCACGGUCUUCGCAGUCUGCCUGAUCUACUUUGCGCAGCUCAUCAACGUUGUUGGCGCAGGUGCUCGCGCACAAGAUAUUGCAAAGGUAGUCGGCGGCAAUGCCAACAGCACCUGGCUCACCUCUGCCGUUGCCAUCUUCACCACCGUCCUCUCUCCCCCAGUCUCCCAAGCGGCCGAUUACUGGGGCCGCCGAUGGUUUCUCAUCCUCCUCACCCUCUGCGGCGCCGUCGGCUCCAUUAUCGUUGCGCGCGCAGACACCAUGAACAUGGCCAUUGCGGGACAGUGUGUUGCCGGAAUCUCAUAUGGUGUCCAGCCUCUCCUCCACGCAGUCACCUCCGAGGUGCUGCCCCGAAAGUACAGACCAUACGCACAAGCCGCCGAUAACGUUGCGGCUUCGUUGGGAGGUCUUGUGGCUCUCCUCGUGGGAGGUGCCAUGACCCGGACCAACCCGGAGGGAUUCAGAAACUACUGGUACUUUUCGACUGCUAUCUACGCCAUCGCGACAGUUCUCUGCCUCGUCUUAUACAACCCACCAUCGUUGCCAACACAGCUCGGCCUCGCGCACUUCGAGAAGCUGAAGAAGCUCGACUGGAUCGGCUACUUCUUCCUCACUGCCGGCCUCGUCCUCUUCUGCAUGGGUCUCUCAUGGUCGCAGAACCCAUACGAUUGGCCAGAGGUCCAUAUCAUGGUGCCCUUUUUCAUCGGUAUUGCCUUCAUCGCAGCCCUGAUCGUCUACGAGACGCGCUUCAAGAAGGACGGCAUGUUCCACCACGGCCUCUUCAGCAACGGCCGCAACUUCUCCAUUGCGCUCUUCGGUAUCUUCGUUGAGGGCCUGGUCUUCUUCGCGGCGAACAACUACUUCGCCUUCCAGGCAUCCAUCCUCUACGAGACGGACCCGCUACGUGUCGGCGCCCGGUACGGGAUCAACUUCAUCAUCUACGCCCUCUUCGCCAUUCUCGCGGGCGCCUACUGCGCGACAACUAAGCAGGUCAAGAUCCCGACCGUGGGCGCCUUCGUCAGCAUGAUCAUCUUCUUUAUCCUCAUGGCUACGGCUGGCCCGUCAAGCGGUGAUCACGCAUGGGGAUACCCCGUAUUCUUGGGUAUCGGUCUCGGAACGUGUCUCUGCACGCUCGUCACUGUUGCACAGCUGUCUACCCCCCGUGAGCUCAUCGCAACGACAUCCGGGCUCAUGAUCUCCGUUCGCUCUUUCGGCGGUUCCAUUGGUCUGGCUAUCUACAACGCCAUUCUCGUUGGCAAGCUAAACACCAAUCUCGGCCCCAAGAUCGCCGCGGCCGUCCUACCCCUCGGCCUGCCCGAGUCCUCACUGCCUGACUUCAUCACUGCGCUGAACAACCAGAACGUUGCCGCUCUCGGGAAAAUCCCGGGCGUCACUGGACAGGUCAUCGGUGCUGGUCUUGGGGGACUCCGCGAGGCGUACACUCUGGGCUUCAGGUUCAUCUGGGUCGCUGCCGGGUGUUUCACCGUUGCGACUGCUGUUGCUUCCAUCUUCCUCAUCGACCCCGUCAAGGAGUUCAACAACCGCAUCGACCACCCUGCUGAAAUGGAGGAGGAGCUGUUUGGGAACUCCGCUGCGAUAUCGGUAGCUGCCCAUUAAUCUGCUCAUUAGUCUGAGCGCAUGCAUUCAUCUGAUCGAGCACACUAUUGGCAAGGAAAAAAAGAGGCGCCCGAGCAAAGAAAUGCGACGCAAAAAUACGACGCCAAAAAUACGACAGGGGGAUCUAGAUCGUGGGCUCGGCGGGCUAUUUCUGUUGGUCGCUUUCGCUGCCACAUGCUUUUUUUUGCCUUUAAUUAUGUAUGAUUAGCUAUGCCAGCGAAUGUCUGGAGGGGUGGGGGUUUGAGCGGGCGUUUUUUACUAGGGAGGGAUGUUUUUUAUGGGGGUUUGUGCAUAUAGAUAGAGUAUACUCCGUACAUACUGCACGAGGUAGAUAGCAGGGUACAUCAUAACGUUACGUCGAUAGCUCAGCUCCCGUAAAUAAUAUCGAGAUAACGUACAUGUAACGAG